AUGGCGAUAACCCGUGGCAAAGGGACGGCCGAUGUGCUACCUUCCGUUGCGGGGCAUCGCGCAGUCAAGCCUUCGUACGUGGACAAACUGGAGCUUCUAGGCCCCCUCUGCCAGGACCCUUCGCCGGCUCUUGGCGAGGACGGGGUGAAUGAGACAGACCCCACAGGCUGCGUUGCCUCCGCUGAACUUGUCUCAAAAGUCCGCGCCGCCGUGUCUGACGAUGCAUUAGCACCAGACGGCUCUGCUGCGAGGACCAUCCGCGCCAACUGUCCAGCGUUGCCAAGGGACUCGGGCGGCCCUCUGGGUUUUGCUGCUGUACACGACAUGCGUGCGUUGGUCGGUUUGUCUGGGAGGUAUGCAUGA